AUGAGCUCCUCGCGGCCAAGUGCGGCCUUCAACUCGCUCAGGAUGGGAGAAGUCAUCCGCGAAAAGGUGCAAGAUGGUAUCACCGGUGAAACACGGGACUUGCAGUACACGCAGUGCAAGAUUGUAGGCAACGGCUCCUUCGGUGUUGUCUUCCAGACUAAGCUAUCACCGUCCGGCGAGGAUGCUGCCAUCAAGCGCGUACUCCAAGACAAGAGGUUCAAGAACCGCGAACUGCAGAUCAUGCGUAUUGUCCGACACCCGAACAUCGUCCAGCUGAAGGCUUUCUACUACUCCAAUGGAGAACGCAAGGACGAAGUGUACCUCAACUUGGUGCAAGAAUUCGUGCCCGAAACGGUCUACAGAGCGUCGCGAUUCUUCAACAAAAUGAAGACGACCAUGCCAAUCCUCGAGGUGAAGCUGUAUAUCUACCAGCUCUUCCGAGCGCUUGCCUACAUCCACUCGCAAGGCAUCUGCCACCGUGACAUCAAGCCUCAAAACUUGCUCCUCGACCCCAACACGGGCAUUCUCAAGCUAUGCGACUUCGGAAGUGCAAAGAUCCUGGUGGAGAAUGAGCCCAAUGUCUCGUACAUUUGCUCCAGAUACUACCGCGCGCCUGAGCUUAUCUUCGGGGCCACCAACUACACGACCAAGAUCGAUGUCUGGUCAACUGGCUGUGUGAUGGCCGAGCUCAUGCUUGGUCAACCCCUCUUCCCAGGCGAGUCAGGGAUUGACCAGCUGGUAGAGAUCAUCAAGGUCUUGGGAACUCCGACGCGCGAGCAGAUCCGAACUAUGAAUCCGAACUACAUGGAGCACAAGUUCCCACAGAUCAAGCCGCACCCGUUCAGCAAAGUAUUCCGCAAAGCAGAUGCCAACGCCCUGGACCUCAUCGCCAAGUUGCUGGAGUACACGCCUACCGAGCGGCUCCGGGCUGUCGACGCCAUGGUUCACCCGUUCUUCGAUGAACUCCGCGAUCCCAGCACGAAGCUGCCAGACUCCCGACACUCCACCGGCGCAUUGAGGGAUCUUCCCAACUUGUUCGAUUUCACGAGACAUGAACUGUCCAUCGCGCCGGCACUGAACGCCAAGCUUGUGCCAGCCCAUAUCAAGCCCGAACUGGCUUCCAGGGGAUUGGAUAUUGACAACUUCCAACCUCUGUCGAAGCACGAGAUGAUGGCGAGAUUAGACUGA